AUCUGAUUCAUAACAUCAACGAACGAGUAAAACAAAUCAAGCCUGAGCAAUCAGCAGAGCUACCACAUUCUUUCUUGGGUCCUGUUGGAAAAUGCAGUCCUUUACGCGAUAAGAAGCACGCUGCCGUGGGACUACAGCUUCAUUUCGAUCUCGCACCGUCCCAUGAUCCCUCACCUCUGAAUAUCUCCGGCAGCGCCAGACAUCGACGCUGCCAGCCAUUCAGCAGCCUCGUGAUGCUGCAUCGAUCUCACUAGUUGAAAAUGACUGAAAGUACUUUGAAUGCGGCUAUAGCCAAACUUUCCUCUGAAAAGCAAAAAGACCGCGCAGAGGCUUUGGCAGAUGUGAAAGCUAUAUUUGGGAGGAAGAGCAAUAACUUGGAGCGAUUAAACGACAAAUCGUACCACAGAGUUUUCGAGGCCUUAUUCCGAUGCGUCACGAUCGAGAAAUCCAUCUAUAACCGCUCCAGCAAAUCGAAUUCUAAAAGUGUAUCCGCACCUCGACUGCCGCAGUGCGCCUCGGCUUUUCGAGCGGCCGUGGAAGUGUCCGUUCCUCUUUUGCGAACGAAAACGGUACAUGCACUGAUCGACCAUAUUCUUCAGACUAUAACUGAGCCUGGAGACGGACUGUGGGACAUUCUCGCAAAUGACUACAUCAAAGCUCUCAGAUCCAUCCUUGAAUAUGCAGCUCAUGUAGAGCAUCUUUCAGAAAGUGACUGGAUUAGUGCCGCAACCUUCUGCCUUCGAAGCAUAGCCUCGACCGAAACCGAUGGAAACCAGCUGAGCAUUGGAACAAGCCAUCGAUCCUCUUCUGCAGCGUUGGAUACUGGGACUAGUCGAGCAACUCCUAGUCGAAGGAGUUUCGGUCGCGAUGUUACAACUUCAACUUCCCAAGUCAAUAGGAGCGUCAUGGAUGAAGCUGUAAUUUGCAUCCAGCUGCUUUGUACUUCACCUGCCGUUCCUAUUCAUAACAUUGCUGCGCGUCUCCUAAAUGGGCUUUUGGAUUAUCUUUCCUCGUCAGCAACAGCUAAUGCGCACCAGGCGUUAAAAGGUGUCAAUAACAUCAUAGAAAGGAUAGUUUGCGACCAGUACUCUCUAGUUCAAGAUUUUGUUCUAGAAUUCAUACCGAUUAUUCGACGUCUUUGGGCGAUGAAAUCUAUGGGAGUGAAAGAUGAAGUUCUCAUCACCAUGAUGUUGUGUAUGGAUCUCUUACGUAGCAAUGCACAAUCCUUUUCAUCCCAACUCACACCUGAGACACUCGAAAGUCUCGUAGAGACCUUCGAAUCGGAGUAUUUGAAGCGAUCAGAAAAAGAACUCUUGCAGAUCGAUGAUCUGGUAUUUUACUACGGCGAGUCCCGUGCUCAAUGCACGUAUGCCUUUGGGCCUCGUCUUGGAAAUUCUAGGUCGGAGCAAAAUUGGAUGCUUUUGUGGACAAUUUCUUCUUUGAUCUCGAUCCUAGAUAAUGUUUCGAAUCAUAACUUCAGAGUUGACGAUGAUGGGGUCGCGCCUCAAAAAAAGCCCCGACUGACAUCUCGUAUAGAAGAUGUUGCGCGAGACUCCAUGUCAUCUACAGGAACAAGCAAGGUUUACUGUUUGCAACUACUUGCCUUUCUAGAAAACUCAAUGCAUAUUGAAGCCAAGGCCUCUCUUGUAGGUCAUUUGGCAGGGAGUAUAGCAGACGACAAUCCAGCUACGGCUACUUGGGCUCUGUUGGUGAUAUCCAACGUAGCCAAGAACGAUAUUCAGAAAUCUCCUCUGCUAAAGCCACAUUGGAAGCAGAUCUGGGAUCUUGCAUCUCGAUCAUGCGUUUCUCAAGCCAGCUCGAGGGCUGCUUGUGGUCUUAUGGAGGUUUUACUUUAUUCUGAACUCCUCGAUUACUCGGAAAUAAUGGACAGUUUACGAUUGAUGCUAGCAUCUAUGGAUCUCAACGGGCCUUCAGUGUUCUGUGAUACAUCUCUAAUGUUUUUGACUAGAGUUUUCACUCUACGUCUGCACACAGCAGUCGGGCUUGGCCUUGACUUAGUUAAGGGAGUCUGUCACUGGCUUCGUAGCUUGUGGAUAGCUGGUGAUGAGGGGGGUAGGAUACAAACAGCACAAGUUGCUCUCUUUGCUCGUCCCAUUAACAUUUUAUGUCUUCUUCUAUCGCUCACGAACAGACCAGCGCCUCCGAAAGAUGUUGAAUUUCAAGGUAUAGCGGCACCGAUCUCCAGUGCUUGGUUCCGUCAUACCAAAAAGAAACCCUUGAAGGAUUAUCUAUUUUCGUUCUAUGAUCCAGCCAUCUCUCAGGACAUCUGGCAUCCUGAAGAAUCCUUUUUGGGCAUCGACGCAUCUACCAGAAAUGACUCAGCCGAUAAUACUAUUAUAGAGCUGCUCCAGACAAAGAUAGAGACAUUCUCGCAAUUAUGGAAAAUGUCUGAAGCUAAUUCGCGCCACGUCACGGCUGAUUUAAUCCAAAAUUUAGUUUCUGCAUCCAUCGUCGUUUUAGUUUUCAUCGAAUGCCUUCCUCACUCCCAAAGCAAUCGUAUCGAAGAGUUACGGAAAUAUGCAAUCGAUCUAUGGGCAGACAUUUGUCGACACCUUUCCGAUAAAGAGGAUACGUUGAUUCAGGCCUGUUUAACCGUUGUGUCGCCCAUCAUUGCAUCGGUGUCUUGUGUAAAAACCUUUGAUAACCCUAUCUCACAAGUCCUCAGUAAUAUUGCGCAUCCGCUCAUUGGUCUCUUGGAGCAUCGUCGGUCUUCUCAGAUUAAUCCAGCCUUUGAUGAGGCUGAUGUGAUGGACUUGGAUGGGCCAGCUUUGUCCCGAAAAGAUGGUUAUACAGAAGACGCCAUUUUCCAUUCCAAUAGACAUAAUCUGGCUGCCUUCUUAGAGCCAAACGCUUUCCAGCGUUGUCUCUCUAUUCGAUUGUCGCUAUUCUGUCUAAAUUCAGCGAACCCAGUCAACUCAGAGGAUUUAGGGCCGCUAUCCCUCGUUGAUUAUUUGAAGUCUUUAAACAAAGCAGACACUGUGUCGGCACGAAAUCUUUUGCCCAAGGUCUUCCAAGAGUCAGAAAAUCUCACGCGAACGGAUAUCUUGGAUAUAGUGGAAUACUUCGGUGUAUCCUGUUUACAAAAUUACCAACUAGAGCGGUGUGAAAGUGUACAGUGUUUUUGCAUAUAUAUGAUGGAAUGCUUUGUCGACUCAUGGACCAGUGAUGAAAAGGAUGACCUUACGGAUUCCGCUUCCGACCUGUAUGGCUGGUUUAUUCAACUGUUCCUAGAUAAUAAGAAGGCAUCAUCCGAGGUUUUGACUUCACUUUCCCGACUUCUGGAGAAGAUCAUAUUCUCCAAUCCAGCUUUUAGCGUGACCACUGUCGGCCCGUCACCACGUACAAGCUUGUUCAAUAUUCUUCAACAAGGAGACAUAACUGUGAAAUUUACCACUGCAGAUUCUAUAUCGAAUAUAUUCAGACGCUUCCUGCUCAAGGAUCACGAGGCAAUUUUUGAUGACGUCUUGGAGAGCCUACCAACAGACCCAGAUUGGGAGGAGGGAAUUGCAUUGCGUUUGUAUGUUCUUAGCAAGCUAGCAUCUCGUUGGCAUACAUUGCUUCGCAGAGGUAUCUACCAUACAUUUGAGACACCUGGCCAGGUCCCUCAGUCUACCCGGUACGCUAAGAAAUGUCUUCUGCGGGUAUCUCAAGGUUUGAACAUUGACGACCCUAAGGAGAUUUUUCAGUUGUUCAUGCCACAGAUAUUGUAUACUUGGACCGAAGGGCAAUCUAUUUCAACGAUGCCCUUCACGAUAUUUGGAUAUACCAAUUUGAAAGAGAUGUUACAAGAUGCGCAGGAUGAACUUGUCGGGCAGAUCAUGAUGAGAGCUACUGAUGAUGAUGCUGCAGAGCUCUCAAAAUGCCUAGGAACGUCAUUCAAGGAAUUAUUAAUUGCAUCAUUUCACAAGGCCGAGGCUUACACGAUAGCCCGAGACAUUAGCAUCCCACCUUCGCAGGACAGCCAGCCUAAAGGAGUGGAAAGCAGAGUGAAGAAGCUUUUGGGUACGGAAAGUUUUGUACAUUCCCUAGAAGCCAGGUUUCCUGAAAUAGUUGCUACGCUCUUCAAAUCACUUGGCCAAGAGGAACAAAUUGAGCGAGCCUUUGUGAAGCAUGCAAAAUUUGGCUUUGCCGCCAACAUUUUGAAGCGUAUUACCGAAAGAAGUGCAUCCACGGCGAGUCUCCCAGCCAACCAGCAGCCGGCUUUCAGGGCUCGUUACCUUCUCGAUGAACUCGAAUACCUUUGCAAACGAGCUGGAUAUGAAAUGGAAACCAUGUGGACACCGGCAUUGGUCUCUUUUGUUAGUAGAGCUCUUUUAGAUUCUAUGCAUCCUGCUCUUGGUUCACUUCACGCUUGCUCGGUUCUCAGGAAGAUCCGUAUCCUAAUAUGUGUCUCCGGGCCAAUGAUUGUACAAGAUUAUCCCCUGGAACAGCUAUUGCAUGCUCUUCGUCCAUUUCUUACAGACUUUCACUGCUCAGAGGAUGCUUUGGGGUUAUUUUGGUAUCUUCUGGAAUCCGGGAAACCCUAUCUCAUCCAGCAUCCCGGGUUUCUUACGGGCAUUGCAGUGUCCACACUAGUCUCCUUACGAAAUUUCCUUCAGUCCUCACCUGAGAGCACGACACAAGAAAGCCAAUUCAAAAAAGUUAUCUCAAAAUCUCAGGAAUUUAGACAAUGGCUUGGGGACUUCCUGGAGACGUACAAACCCGAAAACCUGGAUGAAAUCCAAGAUCAGUUAUUCCGCAGGAUAAUAACAUCGUCGCGGAGAAUUAGCGAUAUUGGAAACUCAGAGAGGGGGAGCUAUGAGAGUGAUCUUUUGCUGGAACUUCUUCAAGAUAGAUCGUCUAGUAAAGGCCUUUUAAGUACUUCGGUGUCGAACCUCGUGCUCUCACUUCUUUGUGUCGAUUUUCGAAUGCCCCUUGAAUUGCAUAAUGACAUCCUUGGAGAUGACCAAGAUGCCUCAAGGUACAACGUGGCAAUCUGGCAAACGGUUCAAAAUAGUGUCACUGACAGAGGCUAUCGACUUUGGGCUGCUCGAGUACUCGGGCGAGCAUUUGCAGAAACGGGACACAUCAGCGACGAGUUACUACGUGAGCAGAACACAGACGAAGCAAUUUUUUACUUUCAGCGUCAUAAGUACACGGAUGCUUUUCUUGCCUCAAAGGUUACCAUAUUGCACAUUCUCUGUGAAGUCCUUACGGAUACUGAUCGUGUCAAGUUGGGACUUGUGGAACGAACCUUGCAGGUAAUAAUCACAAAACUAGGCAGUUUUCCGGAUUUUGAACAGUGCGAGAAUGCAGUUUCCCCGCACCUCAUGAAGGCACUCUUCUGGUCUCCGUAUAUCUGCCCCAGCAUCACAUCAUCCUUUCCUCAGCAGAGUAGCAACACUUUCUGGCCACAUUGGGAUCCGCAACUUUCCGCGUCUCAAUGGGCACAGAGCCUAUCACUAGCCUUGGCAUCUACCGCACAGGAAGAUCCCAUUAUUGGAUCACUGAUUGAAGUACUCUACACUAUCCCAGAUUUGGCCAUGCGACUUUUCCAAUUCGUACUUCAUGAUGUACUGCUAUUGGAAAGCGAGCAUAACCUAGUCUGUCGCGAGAAAGUUUCCGAGAUUUUCAAGGAGGCUCUUGAAAAUUUCACGGAAAAUACUAUUCCUCAUGCCCAGUUGAUUAUCAAUGCGAUCUUGUAUCUUCGUCAGCAGCAGAAACCACUUGAGUCAACAAUAGUUGAACGAGACGAGUGGCUUGACGUCGAUUAUGGCCUAGCAGCCUCUGCGGCAGUAAAAUGCAGAAUGUACAAAACCGCCUUGAUGUUUCUCGAAAUACAGACAUCUCGAAGUAUCAGCACCAACCGCAGGUCUUCUGUCAUCAAAUAUACACCUCCCACAGAUUUGCUUCACCAAAUAUUCAGAAAGAUCGGAGAUCCUGACCUUUUUUACGGCAUACAACAGGAUGCUACACUGGAGUCUGUCAUGGAGAAGCUCAACUACGAGAGUUCAGGAUUCAAGAAUUUGAUAUUCCAGAGUGCCCAAUACGACAGUGACCUGAGACUGAAAGGCAGUGGAAGCACGUAUGGGAUUUUCAAGGCCCUUAAUGCCACAAAUCUGCAUGGUGUUGCUAGUGCACUACUAGCAGCCCCAGAUGGCUCUGGAAGGAAGACAACAAACACAGAUAAUCUACUAUCGACAGCUAUCAGCCUCCAGCAAUGGGAUAUUCCUACUCCCCCCUCGAAUUGUUCAGCAACCAAUGUUCUGUUCAAAGCUUUUCAAAAUCUGAAUGCAGCUAGUACUAUGAAAGAUGUCCUUGAAUUUAACAGCGGCUGUUUUCUGGAGAUACUUGAUCAUUUCGAUGAUAAGUAUCGGUCUGUAACGGCACUACGUGAUUCUAUGCGAGCACUUGGCCUUUUAACUGAAGUUGACGACGUCCUGCGCUCGACCACCGUAUCUCAACUAGAAGGUCUCUGGACAAAGAUCACGUCUAGGAAAUCCUGGUUUCAGACGGAGAAUUUUCAAGAUAUUGCACAUAUUCUCUUUUGUCGCGAAAGUCUUUUCUCAUCAAUCAACAAGAGACCAUACUUGCGAACAGCGAUGAAAUUAACAUCACGGAUGUCACAAUUAUACGAAGUGAAAUCAUUGAGAGAAACUUUCAAGAUAAGUAGGGAUCUCGAGGGAUCUCAGGAAUCUCUCAAAGCUGCCAUAUCUCUCUCGAAGCAAGUAGAAUCUUGUGCUGGUCUUGGUCUUAACAUCGAAGGUGCGGCGAAGUUUGAUUUGGCAAAUGUGCUAUGGGAUCAGGGCGAAAUGACUACGUCUAUUCGUAUGCUACAGCAGUUGAACGAGCAAGGCGACUUGCACAAACAGACACUAACCGUCAGUCGGGCUGAGGUUCUGGCUAGCUUGGGACACCAUGUAGCAGAGGCACGAUUAGAAAACCCAGAUGCAAUUGUCCAGGAAUACUUGGUCCCUGCUGUGAAGGAAUUGCGGGGAAACACGGAGGGUGAAGAAGCUGGCGGUGUAUUUCACCGUUUCGCUUUAUUUUGUGAUCAACAACUCCUGAAUCAAGAUAAUUUGGAGGAUUUUCAGCGUAUUGAACAGCUUCGUGAUCGCAAAGAACGGGAAGUUCUCGCACUUCAUAAAAUGAUGUCUGCUGCUGAAGGUAAAGAAAAGAAUCAGCUGAGAAUGCAUUACACAAAGGCCAAAGGCUGGUUUGACUUGGAUGAUCGCGAUUAUCAAAGACUCAAGCGAAGUCGCGAGGCAUUUUUGCAACAAUGUCUCGAGAACUAUCUACUAGCCCUCAAGGCUUGUGAUAGCUUCAGGAAUGACGCCCUCCGAUUUUGUGCGCUGUGGCUCGAUAAAUGGAAAGAUCUGAAAGCCAACGAAGCUGUUUCUAAAUACCUUCACGAGGUGCCCAGUCGAAAAUUCGCUCCAUUGAUGAAUCAGUUAUCCUCCCGCCUUCUCGAUGAUCCCGAUUUAUUUCAGAAUCUCUUGUCAACAUUAAUAUUCCGAAUAUGCGUUGAUCAUCCAUACCAUGGCAUGUAUCAGAUCUUCGCCCACAGCAAAUCGAAAGGCAGCAGAGACCAGGCCGCUUUGUCCCGUAAUCUGGCGGCGAGUAAAGUGGUUGAGAAACUGAAAAAUGACAAAAUUGCCAGCGGCACAUGGAUGUCUAUCCACAAUAACAAUAUCUGCUACGUGAGAUUUGCCACCGAUAAAUUGGAUGAUAAAAUCAAAAGCGGCGCAAAGGUGCCUUUGAAGAAGCUCCCUACUGGUCUUAAGUUGGAACAAGACGUGAACAACCAAAGACUUCCUCCACCGAGCAUGAAGGUCGAGCUUCGACAGGACCGCAAUUACAAUGACAUACCAAAAGUUGUUAGGUUUCAACCUGAAUUUGCUGUUGCUUCCGGUAUAAGUGCGCCGAAAAUCGUGACACUUCUCGCGACUGACGGCUUGCAUUAUAAGCAAUUGGUGAAAGGAGGGAAUGAUGAUCUCCGCCAAGAUGCUAUUAUGGAACAAGUUUUUGAACAAGUUAGCAACGUCUUGCAGGAUCAUCGCUCUACUCGCCAGCGCAAUUUGACCGUUCGCACAUACAAGGUACUGCCGCUCACUUCCAAUGCAGGUAUCAUCGAGUUUGUUCAAAAUACAAUUCCAUUACACGACUAUUUGAUGCCAGCACAUCAAAGAUACUUCCCCAAGGACAUGAAACCCAAUGCCUGCCGCAAACAUAUCAACGAUGUACAAACCAGAUCACUUGAGCAUCGAGUGCGAACUUACCGACAGGUGACAGAUCACUUUCAUCCGGUAAUGCGAUUCUUUUUUAUGGAGAGAUUUAAUAAUCCAGACGAUUGGUUCAGCAGGCGACUAGCAUACACACGUAGCACAGCAGCGAUUUCGAUACUGGGUCAUGUUCUCGGCCUUGGCGAUCGCCACGGACACAACAUACUUUUAGACGAAAAGACGGGAGACGCCGUUCACAUCGAUCUAGGUGUAGCAUUCGAACAAGGCCGUGUCUUGCCAGUGCCCGAAGUAGUGCCUUUCCGACUCACCCGUGAUCUAGUAGACGGAAUGGGGAUAACCAAGACCGAAGGAGUGUUCCGUAGAUGCUGUGAAUUCACCCUCGAAGCCUUGCGCCAGGAAUCCUACAGUAUCAUGACAAUUCUCGAUGUGCUGCGCUACGAUCCGUUGUACAUGUGGACAGUAUCCCCGCUACGAAUGAAACGCAUGCAGGACGACCAAGAACCCGGCGACGACCCACUCAUUAUAAGUAGCGGCGCCUCUGGUAAAAGAAACAGCAACGAGCCCAGUGAAGCAGAUCGGGCUUUAACAGUCGUGGCUAAGAAAUUGAGCAAGACGCUUAGCGUCACGGCAACGGUGAAUGAGCUCAUUCAACAAGCUACGGAUGAGAGGAAUCUUGCCGUUUUAUACUGUGGAUGGGCCGCUUACGCCUAGAAAUAACCUUGGAUGGCCUUUCUUAUUCAAGAAUUUUCUCGUCACAAACCAAUUCCCCCCUUGUCACUCCGUAUAUAUUAUUUGUCUUUGAUUAUCAGCUAGUACAUAUUUUUACGCCUAGAUAUAUAGAUCAAACGUCAGGGUCAAUUGGGUGACCAACUACGUAUUCCUACAGUGCAAUUUCUAAUCAAUAUCUGCACUCUUCGUGUAAUUUUCAUUACCCUAUCCUUCUAAUCUACACCCCUUAGCAAAAACCGAAGAGGGAAAGAGUAUUGAUUGAAGACGUGAUGAAAAAAUUAAAAUAUACAUAUGGAGACGGAAAGUUGAAAUUCAGGUGACAGAAUUGGAUGCUUCAAAUAAUAAUGUUGUCGGCUGGAAACGGUAGAUGAUAGUUUGAGAGAUUUACUUCAAAUGUUGGAGGAUUAAGCUGGACUGGUCAGCG